CGAGGGCGCGGGCGAGGAGGCGGGGCGCGGUGGGAGGGGCGGACGGCGCCCGGCUGGCACUGCUCAGACCUGCUUCUCCCCGGCUCCGGGCGCUGAGGAGGCUUCGGGGAGUUGUCCAACAUGGAGGAGGCACCGGCUGCGGGCGUCACCUGUGAGCGGGACUAAUACCCGCCUGGCGUUCCGGGUAGCGGUGCGGGGUCCCGAGCCCUGGGACUCCGCCGCCUCCACGCCCCACGGCGGACCCCGGCUCCGGUUGCUCCUCGGGCCGCGGGGUUCCCGAGGGGGACGCAGCGCAAGGAGGGAGCGCGGCGGCCCCGAGUCCCCCUGAGCCAUGGGCAACGAGGCGAGCUUGGAAGGGGAAGGUCUCCCGGAAGGGCUGGCGGCCGCAGCAGCGGCGGCAGCAGCCGGAGGAGGGGCUGGCGGGGCAGGGAGCUCCUUGCACACCGUGAUCCCGGCCGGCAUGGAGGCGGAUCUGAGCCAGCUGAGCGAAGAGGAGAGGAGACAGAUCGCCGCUGUCAUGUCAAGGGCGCAGGGGCUGCCCAAGGGAAGCGUUCCCCCGGCCGCUGCGGAGCCGCCUUCCAUGCACAGGAAGCAAGAGUUGGAUAGUAGUCACCCUCCAAAGCAACCAGGAAAACCGCCGGACCCUGGGCGUUCGGCUCAGCCUGGUCUCAGUAAGAGUAGAACUACAGACACUCUGAGGUCAGAGCAAAAGUCGCCUGGAAGGAGUCCUUCCACUAUUAGCUUGAAAGAAUCAAAGUCCAGAACUGAUUUGAAGGAAGAGCACAAGACUAGUAUGAUGCCUGGCUUCCUCUCAGAGGUUAACCCUUUAAGUGCUGUCUCCUCUGUUGUAAAUAAAUUGAAUCCUUUUGAUUUGAUAUCAGACUCUGAUGCAUCCCAGGAAGAAACUGCCAAGAAACAAAAAAUAGCUCAGAAAGAACAAGGAAAACCGGAAGGAAUCACAAAGCCUCCAUCACAACCGUCACCUAAGCCAGGUCCAAAGCAGCAAGGACCUGUGAGGGUCCCACCACAGCAGGAUGGCUCUCCCAAAUCAGUAUCUUCUCAGCAACCAGAAAAAAUGAAGUCACAACCUCCAGGGACAGGCAAGCCAAUUCAGGGACUUACCCAGUCACCUCAGACAGACCAGGCACAGUGGCCACUUCAAAGAGAUGCAGCCAGGCCUCAGACUAAACAGUCUGAUGCUGUAAGGGGAGAAUUUGUUAAACCUGCACUGCAAAGCCCAUCCAAACCACCUAUUCAGCAAGCAAGCCCUGGAAAACCUCCAGCCCAGCAACCUGGACCUGAAAAAGUUGCCACGCCACACCCUGGGCCUGCAAAGCCCUCAGCUCAACAACCAGGGACAGCAAAGCCUGCUGUUCAGCAGCCUGGGCCAAAGUCUUCAGCUCAGCCUCUUGGGCCUGUGAAGACUCAAGUACAACAGGCUGGGGGAGAGAAACUUCCAUCUCAGCAGCCAGGGCCAGCAAAGCCCCCAGCCCAGCAGCCAGGGACACCAAAGUCCCCAGCUCAGCUGCCUGGGCCUGCAAAAACUCCUUCUCAGCCGGUUGGGCCAACAAAGUCUCUGGCUCAGCAGCCUAGCCUGGCCAAGCCCCCUCCUCAGCAGCCUAGCCCGGCCAAGCCACCACCUCAGCAGCCUGGCCUGGCCAAGCCCCCGCCUCAGCAGCCUGGACCGGCCAAGCCCCCUCCUCAGCAGCCUGGCCCGGCCAAGCCCCCACCUCAGCAGCCUGGUCCAGUAAAACCUCCCCAACAGCCUGGCCCGGCCAAGCCCCCUCCUCAGCAGCCUGGCCCGGCCAAGCCCCCUCAGCAGCCUGGCCUGGCCAAGCCCUCUCCUCAGCAGCCUGGCCCGGCCAAGCCCCCUCCUCAGCAGCCUGGCCCGGCCAAGCCCCCUCCUCAACCACCUGGCCCAGCAAAGCCCCCUCCUCAACAGCCUGGCCCUGCAAAGCCUUCACUUCAGCAGCCUGGUCCAGUAAAACCUCCCCAACAGCCUGGCCCAGCAAAGGCUUCAGCUCAGCAGUCUUCAAAACCAGUAAGCCAAACAGGAGCUGGGAAACCUCUGCAGCCACCAGCUUCUCCAUCUGCGGCACAGACUCCAGUACAAGGCCUCUCUAAAACCAUCUGUCCUCUUUGCAAUACCACUGAACUUCUGUUGCAUGUUCCAGAAAAGGCCAAUUUUAACACAUGCACUGAGUGUCAAACCACUGUAUGUAGCCUCUGUGGCUUUAAUCCCAAUCCUCAUUUAACCGAGAUAAAAGAGUGGCUCUGUUUAAACUGUCAGAUGAAAAGAGCUCUAGGAGGUGAUCUGGCUCCAGUUCCACUAUCCCCUCAGCCUAAACCGAAGACUGCCCCCAUGACUCCUCCAUCCGCAGUGAGCAAACCGUCCCCACAGCCACAGCAGACUUCUCCAAAGAAGGAUUCUGUACCCAAACAGGAUCUCUCAAAGGCCCCUGAGGCUAAAAAGCCCCCACCACUAGUGAAACAACCAACCAUUCAUGGAUCCCCCCCAGUUGCAGCCAAGCAGCCUCCUGUGGCUGAGUCUUCAUCCAAGCCAACCCCUCCCAAGGAGCCUUCGGUCCCAUCUGAGCAGGCAAAGGUCCCCAUGGCUGAGGAUAAACCAAAGCAGCCCAAGACAGUGAAACCAGCCACAGACGUGUCUUCAGCACCAACAGCAGCAAAACCUGAUACUCCAAGCUCUAAAGUACAGUUGGAGGAUCAACAGAUAACAGCCCCUCCUCCGAAAACAGAUGCUGCCAAACCCUCACAGAGUUUUCCACCAACGGGAGAAAAAGUCACCCCCAUCGAUUCUAAAGUCAUACCCCGACCUGCAUCAGAUUCAAAAAUUCUUUCACACCCUGGGCCUAGUUCAGAGACUAAAGGUCAAAAGCAAGUUGAUUCAGUUCAAAAGAGGGAAGAACCCAAGAAAGCACAAACCAAAAUGAGUCCGAAGCCAGAUGCCAAGCCAAUGCCAAAAGGGUCGCCUCCAGCCCCAGGCCCACGACCUACCACUGGCCAAACUGCCCCCCCAUCUCAGCAGCCCCCAAAGCCUCAGGAGCAGUCAAGACGCUUCAGUCUGAAUCUGGGAAGUAUUACUGAUGCCCCCAGGUCACAGCCCACGACGCCUCAAGAAACUGUGACUGGAAAACUCUUUGGGUUUGGAGCAUCGAUCUUCAGCCAGGCAUCAAAUUUGAUCUCCACCGCAGGCCAGCCUGGGUCUCAGUCUCAGAGCGGGCCUGGGGCCCCGACAAAACAAGGCCCUCCUCCUCCACAACCACCUUCUCAGGGGCCACCGAAAGCCACAGGUCAGGGGUCACCAGCACCUGCAAAGGUUAUCCCUGUGAAAAAAGAAACGAAAGCUCCAGUGGCUGAAAAAUUAGAGCCCAAAGCUGAACAAGUUCCAACCGUAAAAAGAGCAGAAACUGAAAAGAAGCCUCCACUUGUUAAGGAUAGCAAACCUUCAGCAGCAGAGCCUCAAACGCCUGUCCUAACGCCCAAGGUGGAGAAGACUCCCAAACCAGAAUCAACCUGUCCUCUCUGCAAAACUGAACUCAAUGUCGGUUCAAAGGAGCCUCCUAACUUCAAUACUUGCACGGAAUGCAAGAAUCAAGUGUGUAAUCUCUGUGGAUUUAACCCUACACCACACUUGACAGAGAUUCAAGAAUGGCUUUGUUUAAAUUGCCAAACCCAGAGAGCAAUAUCAGGACAGCUCGGAGAUAUGGGCAAAAUGCCAUCUACACCUUCAGGACCAAAAGCCUCUCCUAUGCCCUUCCCUCCAGAACAACCAUCUCAGAAAACAACAAUGCCUCCCCAAGCAAAAAUGAAAAAGAAGGAACAAGAAGUAAAAACAGAAGCUGAGCAAAUACUUCCAGAAAAAGUAAAAGAAAUACCAUCAGUUGAAAAGAUUCUCCCAAAGGUGACCACAGAUCACAAACAAGAGAGUCAACUAGAGAAAGAUAAAACUUCAGCCCCUCAAGAAGAAAAGCCACCCUCUGAGGACAAAAAGUCACUCCCAGAAGAAAAAAAGCCACCUCCUGAAGAAAAGAAACCAACCUCUGAAGAAAAAAGGCCAGCACCUGAAGACAAAAAGUUACCUCCAGUAACAAAACCAUCAGCUCUAGAGGAGGAACAGAAACAAGACUUAUUUAAAACUCAAUUACCAACCACUGAAGAAAAGCCAGAAGGCAUAGUGACUCCACAGGUAGUACAGGAGACGCCACCACAGACCAAAAUGGAAGAUAAACCCUGUGGCCCGCCUCCAAGUUUGCCCAAGGAAGAUGAUGAGGCAACUCAAACAAUGAAAGAACAACCACAGGCAGCAGGCACAGCAAAGCCUGAUCGGGUGGAACCUGGGAAAGAAAAAACAGAAAAGGAAGAUGACAAAUCAGACACCUCAAGUUCUCAGCAACCAAAAAGCCCACAAGGUCUGAGUGACACAGGAUAUUCUUCUGAUGGGAUAUCAAGUUCACUUGGUGAAAUUCCAAGUCUUAUUCCAAGUGAUGAAAAAGAUUUGCUCAAGGGACUCAAAAAGGACUCUUUUUCACAAGAAAGCAGCCCUUCCAGCCCCUCAGAUUUGGCUAAGUUAGAAAGUACGGUCCUAUCCAUUUUGGAAGCUCAGGCAAGUACACUUGUUGAAGAAAAAACAGAAAAGAAAACCCAACCUCCUGAGGUUACUUGUGAGCCGCCCAAGGACCAACCAAAAACUCAGAGUUUAUCUGAAACCCUAGAAACCACAGUUGCAGAAGAGGAGCUCACAAAGAGUCAAGAAGAAAAAGACAUGUUAAAAAAAGAUAGCCAACAAGAUGGUCCUUCCAGAAAGGACCGUGAAGAGAAGUCUGAGUUUGUUGAUGACACAGCUACUAGAAGACAGUCUUAUGAUUCAGUUGAAGACAGUAGCGAAAGUGAGAACUCACCUCUUCCACAAAGAAAACGGAGAACUAGUGUUGGUUCAUCGAGCAGUGAUGAGUAUAAACAGGAAGAUAGCCAAGGAUCUGGUGAAGAGGAGGACUUUAUUCGAAAGCAGAUCAUAGAAAUGAGUGCCGAUGAAGAUGCUUCAGGUUCUGAAGAUGAUGAGUUCAUUAGGAGCCAACUCAAAGAGAUAAGUAGCAGCCUUGAGAGCCAGAAGAAGGAAGAAACAAAAGGGAAAGGGAAGGCGACACCAGGGAAACAUAGGCGACUAACUCGGAAAAGCAGUACAAGCUUUGAUGAUGAUGCAGGGAGACGCCAUUCAUGGCAUGAUGAAGAUGAUGAGACUUUCGAUGAAAGUCCUGAGCUUAAGUACAGAGAGACUAAAAGUCAGGAGAGUGAAGAGCUUGUAAUUGCUGGAGGAGGAGGGCUACGUCGAUUCAAAACAAUUGAACUUAACAGCACAAUAGCAGAUAAAUACUCUGCAGAGUCCUCACAGAAAAAAACAACUUUGUAUUUUGAUGAGGAGCCAGAAUUAGAAAUGGAAAGCCUGACAGACUCUCCAGAAGAUAGGUCAAGGGGGGAAGGAUCUUCUAGUCUUCAUGCUUCCAGCUUCACCCCUGGCACAUCCCCUACAUCAGUGUCGUCACUGGAUGAGGACAGUGACAGUAGCCCAAGUCACAAAAAGGGAGAGAGCAAACAACAACGUAAAGCUCGGCACAGGUCACAUGGUCCUCUUUUACCUACUAUUGAAGAUUCUUCAGAGGAAGAAGAAUUGAGAGAGGAAGAAGAAUUAUUAAAGGAGCAAGAAAAGCAGCGGGAAUUGGAGCAGCAACAAAGAAAGACUUCUAGUAAGAAAUCAAAGAAAGAUAAAGAUGAACUUCGAGCACAGAGAAGGAGGGAAAGACCAAAGACACCACCCAGUAAUCUCUCUCCCAUUGAAGAUGCAUCUCCAACGGAGGAGUUACGUCAGGCUGCAGAAAUGGAGGAACUCCAUCGAUCUUCUUGUUCUGAAUACUCACCUAGCAUAGAGUCAGACCCGGAAGGUUUUGAAAUAAGCCCAGAAAAAAUAAUAGAAGUGCAAAAAGUUUAUAAAUUGCCCACAGCUGUGUCUUUGUUCUCUCCAACAGAUGAGCAAUCUAUUAUGCAGAAAGAAGGUGGCCAAAAGGCAUUAAAAAGUGCCGAGGAGAUGUAUGAAGAAAUGAUGCAUAAAACCCACAAAUAUAAAGCUUUUCCAGGUGCAACUGAACGAGAUGAAAUAUUUGAAAAAGAGCCUUUGUAUGGCGGGAUGUUAAUAGAGGAUUAUAUUUAUGAAUCUCUAGUAGAGGACACAUACAAUGGUUCAGUAGAUGGCAGUCUGCUAACAAGGCAAGAAGAUGAAAAUGGAUUUAUGCAGCAGAGAGGGAAAGAUCAAAAAACAAGAAUUCCAGAACAGAUUUAUGAAGAUCCUAUGCAAAAAAUAACAGACCUCCAGAAAGAGUUUUAUCAGUUAGAAAGCUUACAUUCUGUUGUGCCUCAAGAAGACAUCGUUUCAAGCUCUUUUAUCAUCCCGGAAAGCCAUGAGAUAGUGGAUCUGGGUAGUAUGGUAACUUCUACCAGUGAAGAAAAAAAAUUAUUAGAUGCUGAUGCUGCCUAUGAAGAACUCAUGAAGAGGCAACAGAUGCAGUUAACACCUGGAUCCAGUCCAACCCAGCCCCCCAUCACGGACGAUAUGACCGAGUCUACCAUGGACUUUGACAGGGUACCCGAUGCAUCUUUGACAUCAAGUGUUCUCUCGGGGGCAUCUCUUACAGAUUCCACCAGCAGUGCAACGCUUUCUAUCCCAGAUGUCAAAAUAACCCAACAUUUCUCAACAGAAGAAAUUGAGGAUGAAUAUGUAACUGAUUAUACAAGGGAAAUUCAAGAGAUAAUUGCCCACGAAUCACUGAUUUUGACCUACUCUGAGCCUUCAGAAAGUGCUACAUCUGUCCCACCCUCUGACACACCCUCUCUCACGUCAUCUGUUUCUUCAGUUUGUACCACAGAUAGCUCCUCACCCAUUACUACACUGGAUAGCAUAACCACAGUUUAUACAGAGCCCGUGGACAUAGUAACUAAACUGGAAGAUUCUGAGAUUUCUUCAUCAACGUAUUUUCCAGGCAGCAUCAUAGACUAUCCAGAAGAAAUAAGUGUAUCUUUAGAUCGGACUGCCGUACCAGAUGGAAGAACUAGUGCGGAUCAUGUUGUGAUUUCCUUAUCUGAUAUGGAACCUCCUAUCAUAGAAUCUGUAGGAACUGUACCUGAGGGGCUCAUUGCUGACACUGUUUCCACUGACUCAUCUACAUCUGAAAAAGACCCAGGGAAGAAAGACAAGAGGGACACUGGGAAUGGAAUUAUUCUUGAGGUUUUAGAAGCUUACAGAGAUAAAAGGGAAAAGUCUGAGGUUGAACUAACAAAAAUGGGCUUAUCUGAAACUGUGUUUGAUCACCCUCCUUCUUCUGCUGGUGCCGUGGAGGAGCAAGUUCUAGCAACAUGCUUUCUGUCUGGACAGGUCUUUGAUCAAGCAAAACCUGCAUCUCCAUUACCAUCUGGCAGUCCUUCUGUUACGUCUCUUCCAAAGAAAACUCAUCCAUUCUUUAGAAGUUCUUCUUUGGAUGCAUCAGCCCAACCUCCUCCCCCACCUCCCCCUCCCCCUCCGCCACCACCUCCUCCUCCUCCCCCUCCUCCUCCACCUCUUCCUCCACCAACCUCACCUAAACCACCUGUUCAUCCUAAAAAAAAGCUAACAGUUACAGCUCCAGUGACUCUAACUCCUACGGCUACACCUCUAGUUGAUGCUGUUACUACAGUAGAGGCCACAGCUCUUCCAAGAAGUAGUGGCUUACCUGUAACAAAAAUAUGUACCACUGCGCCUCCUCCUGUUCCUCCUAAACCAUCUUCCAUCCCAUCUGGACUUGUAUUUACACACAGACCUGAGCCAAGUAAACCUCCAAUUGCCCCGAAACCAGCAGUUCCUCAGCCUCCAGUAACUACGCAAAAAUCAGCAGAUACACACCCCAAACCAACAGGUCUAUCUUUAACCUCAAAUAUGACACUAAAUUUGGUGACUUCAGCAGAUUAUAAAUUACCUUCCCCUACUUCCCCACUUUCUCCUCACUCUAACAAGUCCUCCCCAAGAUAUUCCAAAUCCCUCAUGGAAACCUACGUGGUUAUCACAUUGCCAUCUGAACCUGGGACUCCAACAGAUUCUUCAGCUAGUCAAGCGAUUACCAGUUGGCCCCUGGGAUCACCCCCCAAAGACCUGAUUUCCAUCGAACCAGUGUUUUCUGUAGUUCCUCCUUUAACAACUGCAGGAAUGCCAAGUACUUCAGAACAGAGCUUAUACCUCUCUGGAACUCUGGAGACAUUUUCUGCCCUCCCUGUCAAAGCGCUCUCUUCAUUUCAAGCAGCCCCAACUUCAGGAACACAGUUUUUCACAACUGAAGUUUCUAAGGCUGAGGUUUCAGCAGCCAGAAGUGCAGUCCCUAGUGUUGGUCUCAGCAGUGUCACUAUCUCCGUUCCUCCAGAGCCUCUUGCUCUAGAUAACCUACAUUUAGAGAAGCGUCAGCAUAAGGAAAAUGGAAAGGUGCAGCUUGUUGGGGAUGCCAUUGAUUUGCGUACGGUACCAAAAGUGGAAGUGAAAGCGACUGAAAAGUGUAUGGAUCUUUCUGCUUCCACUAUGGAUAUGAAAAGGCAGAUCACUGCCAGUGACGUUUAUGGCAGACAGAUGAGUGCUGUCCAACCCUCUAUUAUAAAUCUCAGCGCUACUCCAUCGGUAGUAAGGCCGAUGGCCGUGGUCACUGAGACAGUGACUGUUGCCACAUGCGCUGCUAGUUCAAGUUACACCACUGGCGCAGAAAGCCUAAUGGGCACAGCACAUGCAACAACAGCACCACUCCAGCUUACUACAUCAAAGCACGCUGAGCCUCCCUACAGGAUACCAAGUGGCCAGGUUUUCCCUGCAGUUAGGGAGGACGCACCCAUAAACUUAUCCUUGGGUACUUCAGCACACCCGAUGACAUCAGCUAUUACAAAACCUGUGACUGUGCCUCCUGUUGGUGUCACAAAUGGAUGGACUGAUGGCAUCACAUCCCAGGGGGUCACUGACGGGGAAGUAGUAGACCUCAGUACAACAAAGUCUCACAGAACUGUUGUAACAAUGGAUGAAUCCACCUCCGGUGCAGUGACCAAAAUAAUAGAAGACGACGAAAAGCCUGUUGACCUGACUGCAGGGAGAAGAGCCGUAUGCUGCGACAUGGUUUAUAAGUUACCCUUUGGAAGGAGCUGCACAGCGCAGCAGCCUCCAACUACUCUUCCUGAGGAUCGUUUUGGUUAUAGGGAUGACCACUAUCAAUAUGAUCGAUCAGGGCCAUAUGGAUAUAGGGGGAUUGGGGGAAUGAAACCUUCCAUGUCUGACACGAAUUUAGCAGAAGCCGGACAUUUUUUCUAUAAAAGUAAAAAUGCUUUUGAUUAUUCUGGAGGAACUGAUGCAGCAGUAGAUCUAACUUCAGGGAGAAUUACUACAGGUGAGGUAAUGGAUUACUCAAGCAAGACCACAGGUCCAUAUCCCGAAACACGGCAAGUCAUUUCAGAAGUUGGGAUUAGUACCCCACAGUAUUCCACAGCCAGAAUGACUCCACCUCCAGGAUCCCAGUAUGGUGUGGGGAGCGUUUUGAGGUCAUCUAAUGGUGUUGUCUAUUCUUCAGUAGCCACUCCAAUUCCCUCCACAUUUGCUAUCACCACACAACCUGGCUCCAUUUUCAGCACCACGGUGAGAGAUUUGUCUGGUGUGCACACAGCUGACACAGUGACGCCAUUAUCCGCCCUGCACCAGAGCCAGCCAAUGCCUAGAUCAUAUUUCCUAACAACAGGUGCAUCUGAAACAGACAUUGCGGCAACCGGUAUUGAUAUCAAUGCCAGUUUGCAAACUCUUACAAUGGAAACGCUUGCUGCUGAGACAAUAGAUGCAGUGCCCACUUUAACCACAGCCUCGGAAGUGUUUUCUGAAGUGGUGGGAGAUGAAAGCGCUAUUUUAAUCGUCCCUGAAGAAGAUAAACAACAGCAGCAGCUCGACUUGGAGCGUGAGCUCUUGGAACUGGAGAAAAUUAAGCAGCAGCGUUUUGCUGAGGAACUGGAGUGGGAACGUCAGGAAAUUCAGAGGUUCCGGGAACAAGAAAAGAUCAUGGUUCAAAAAAAGCUGGAGGAGCUGCAGUCUAUGAAGCAGCACCUUCUCUACCAGCAGGAAGAAGAGCGGCAAGCCCAGUUCAUGAUGAGGCAGGAGACGCUAGCUCAGCAGCAGUUGCAGCUGGAGCAGAUCCAGCAGCUGCAGCAACAGCUUCACCAGCAGCUGGAAGAGCAGAAGAUUCGCCAGAUCUACCAGUAUAACUACGACCCUUCUGGAACUGCUUCUCCACAGACCACAACGGAGCAGGCAGUUUUGGAAGGUCAGUAUGCCGCCCCAGAAGGCAGUCCAUUUUGGGCCACUGAGGAUGCAACCACCACCGCGUCCGCCGUUGUGGCCAUUGAAAUCCCGCAGAGCCAAGGGUGGUACACGGUUCAGUCUGACGGUGUUACUCAGUACAUUGCCCCACCUGGCAUCCUGAGUACUGUUUCAGAGAUCCCUCUGACGGACGUGGUGGUAAAAGAUGAGAAACCGCCCAAAAAGAGAAGCUCUGCAGCCAAAGUCCGUGGCCAGUAUGACGAAGUGGGGGACUCUGAUGAUCCCCGCUGCUUUAAAAAGAUCGUGGACAGCGGCGUGCAGACCGACGACGAGGACGCCGCGGAUCGGAGUUAUGUGAGUAGGAGGAGGAGAACCAAGAAGAGUGUGGAUACGAGCGUCCAGACCGACGAUGAAGAUCAGGACGAGUGGGAUGUGCCUACCAGAGCAAGGAGGAAAGCUCGCGCCGGCAAGUACGGUGACAGCACCGCGGAGGCCGACAAGACCAAACCCCUGGUCUCCAAAGUCUCCAGUAUAGCAGUCCAAACAGUAGCAGAGAUAUCUGUGCAGACUGAACCCGUUGGAACCAUAAGAACACCGUCCAUACGGGCGCGCGUGGAUGCCAAGGUAGAAAUAAUUAAACACAUUUCAGCACCUGAAAAGACUUACAAAGGGGGCAGUUUAGGAUGUCAAACAGAAGCAGAAUCAGACACACAGAGUCCUCCAUAUCUGAGUGCCACAUCUCCACCCAAAGACAAGAAACGCCCAACACCUUUAGAGAUUGGUUACUCAUCUCACCUUCGGGCAGAUUCCACAUUACAGCUGGCUCCUUCCCCACCCAAAUCUCCAAAAGUCCUUUAUUCACCCAUCUCACCACUUUCACCAGGCAAAGCCUUAGAAUCAGCCUUUGUACCUUAUGAAAAACCCCUCCCUGAUGAUAUAAGUCCACAGAAAGUACUGCAUCCAGAUAUGGCUAAAGUGCCCCCCGCAAGUCCUAAGACAGCCAAGAUGAUGCAGCGGUCCAUGUCUGACCCCAAGCCUCUGAGUCCAACAGCAGAUGAAAGUUCCAGGGCUCCUUUUCAGUAUACCGAGGGCUACACGACAAAAGGUUCUCAAACCAUGACACCCUCUGGCACCCAGAAAAAAGUUAAAAGAACUCUGCCAAACCCACCCCCCGACGAGACCUCCACAGGCACUCAGUCCACAUACAGCACAAUGGGCACAGUUUCCAGGAGGAGGAUCUGCAGAACCAACACAAUGGCACGAGCCAAGAUUCUCCAGGAUAUAGACAGAGAGCUUGAUCUUGUAGAAAGGGAAUCUGCAAAGCUGAGAAAGAAACAAGCAGAACUUGAUGAGGAAGAAAAGGAGAUUGAUGCCAAGUUACGGUACCUGGAAAUGGGAAUUAACAGGAGGAAGGAGGCAUUAUUAAAGGAGAGAGAAAAGAGAGAGCGAGCCUACCUCCAGGGAGUAGCUGAGGAUCGGGAUUACAUGUCUGACAGUGAGGUGAGCAGCUCCCGACCAACCCGAAUAGAAAGUCAGCAUGGCAUAGAACGACCAAGAACUGCUCCCCAAACUGAAUUCAGCCAGUUUAUACCACCACAAACCCAAACAGAAUCUCAACUAGUUCCUCCUACAAGUCCUUAUACACAAUAUCAAUAUUCAUCCCCUGCUCUUCCUACCCAAGCACCUACCCCAUACACCCAACAGUCCCAUUUUCAGCAACAGACUUUGUACCAUCAGCAAGUUUCACCUUAUCAGACUCAACCAACAUUUCAGGCUGUGGCAACAAUGUCCUUCACACCUCAAGCUCAACCUACACCAGCCCCACAACCUUCUUACCAGUUACCGUCACAGAUGAUGGUGAUACAACAAAAGCCACGGCAAACUACAUUGUAUUUGGAGCCCAAGAUAACUUCAAACUAUGAAGUGAUUCGCAACCAACCCCUGAUGAUAGCACCUGUUUCUACUGAUAAUACUUAUGCUGUUUCUCAUCUUGGGAGUAAGUAUAAUAGCUUAGACUUGAGAAUAGGAUUGGAGGAAAGAAGUAGCAUGGCAAGCAGUCCAAUAUCAAGCAUAUCUGCAGAUUCUUUCUAUGCAGAUAUUGACCAUCAUACUCCACGAAAUUAUGUCCUAAUUGAUGAUAUUGGAGAGAUUACCAAAGGAACAGCAGCAUUAAGCACUGCGUUUAGCCUUCAUGAAAAGGAUCUGUCAAAAACAGAUCGUCUCCUUCGAUCCACUGAAACACGUAGGUCUCAAGAAGUGACAGAUUUCCUAGCACCUUUACAGACUUCCUCGAGAUUGCAUAGUUAUGUCAAAGCAGAGGAAGAUCCCAUGGAAGAUCCCUAUGAGUUAAAGCUUCUGAAACAUCAGAUUAAACAAGAAUUCCGUAGAGGAGCAGAGAGCUUAGAUCACCUUGCUGGUCUUUCCCAUUAUUACCAUGCUGAUACGGGUUAUAGACAUUUUCCCAAAUCUGAAAAGUACAGCAUUAGCAGACUCACACUUGAGAAACAAGCAGCAAAACAACUACCAGCUGCCAUACUAUAUCAGAAACAAUCAAAGCAUAAGAAAUCACUAAUUGAUCCUAAAAUGUCAAAAUUUUCACCCAUUCAAGAAAGUAGAGAUCUUGAGCCUGAUUAUUCAAGCUAUAUGACUUCUAGCACUUCAUCUAUUGGUGGCAUUUCUUCCCGAGCAAGGCUUCUUCAAGAUGACAUCACUUUUGGCCUCAGAAAAAAUAUUACAGACCAACAGAAAUUUAUGGGGUCAUCUCUUGGCACAGGGCUGGGCACGUUAGGAAAUACCCUAAGGUCGGCUUUGCAGGAUGAAGCGGAUAAGCCAUACAGUAGUGGCAGCAGAUCCAGACCUUCUUCCAGACCUUCUUCUGUCUAUGGCCUUGACUUAUCAAUUAAAAGAGAUUCUUCCAGCUCUUCCCUAAGACUGAAAGCUCAAGAGGCUGAAGCUCUAGAUGUUUCCUUCGGUCAUGCAUCACCUUCUGGCAGAACUAAGCCGACCAGUUUACCAAUUAGCCAGAGCAGAGGAAGAAUACCAAUUGUGGCCCAAAAUUCUGAAGAAGAAAGUCCACUCAGUCCUGUUGGCCAGCCAAUGGGAAUGGCCAGGGCUGCAGCUGGACCCCUUCCACCAAUAUCUGCGGAUACCAGGGAUCAAUUUGGAUCAAGUCACUCAUUGCCUGAAGUUCAGCAACAUAUGAGAGAAGAAUCACGAACUCGAGGCUAUGACCGUGACAUAGCGUUCAUCAUGGAUGACUUCCAACAUGCCAUGUCAGACAGCGAAGCCUAUCAUCUGCGUCGUGAAGAAACAGAUUGGUUUGACAAACCCAGGGAGUCUCGUUUGGAAAAUGGACAUGGUCUGGAUCGCAAACUGCCAGAAAGAUUGGUCCACUCUAGACCAGUUAGUCAACAUCAAGAGCAAAUUAUGCAGAUGAACGGGAAGACUGUGCACUAUAUCUUUCCUCAUGCGAGGAUAAAAAUAACAAGAGACUCGAAGGAUCACACAGUUUCAGGUAAUGGAUUAGGAAUUAGAAUUGUGGGUGGUAAAGAAAUCCCUGGACAUAAUGGUGAAAUUGGAGCCUAUAUUGCCAAAAUUCUUCCUGGAGGAAGUGCAGAACAGACAGGGAAACUUAUAGAAGGGAUGCAAGUAUUGGAGUGGAAUGGAAUUCCUUUAACUUCUAAAACGUAUGAAGAAGUGCAGAGUAUCAUUAGUCAGCAAAGUGGGGAAGCAGAAAUAUGUGUAAGACUGGACCUCAAUAUGCUUUCAGACUCUGAAAAUCCCCAGCACCUGGAACUUCAUGAGCCACCAAAAGCUGUAGAUAAAGCGAAAUCCCCAGGGGUUGAUCCUAAGCAGUUGGCAGCAGAACUCCAGAAGGUCUCCCUGCAACAGUCACCGCUGGUUCUGUCGUCUGUCGUGGAGAAAGGAUCUCACGUUCAUUCAGGCCCUACAUCAGCGGGAUCCAGUUCCGUUCCCAGCCCCGGGCAACCUGGGUCCCCCUCCGUGAGCAAAAAGAAACACAGCAGCAGCAAGCCUACUGAUGCAACGAAGGUGGUCUCUCAUCCGAUUACAGGGGAAAUUCAGCUUCAAAUCAACUAUGAUCUUGGAAAUCUCAUAAUCCAUAUUCUCCAAGCAAGAAACCUUGUCCCUCGAGACAACAAUGGUUACUCGGACCCCUUCGUGAAAGUGUACCUUCUUCCUGGGAGAGGUCAAGUCAUGGUUGUCCAGAAUGCAAGUGCUGAGUACAAGAGGAGGACUAAAUAUGUUCAAAAAAGUCUUAAUCCUGAAUGGAAUCAAACAGUAAUUUAUAAAAGUAUCUCCAUGGAACAGCUCAAGAAGAAAACCUUGGAGGUGACAGUCUGGGAUUAUGAUAGAUUUUCUUCCAAUGACUUUCUUGGUGAGGUAUUGAUUGAUUUAUCUAGCACAUCUCAUCUCGAUAACACUCCUAGAUGGUAUUCUCUCAAAGAACAGACUGAGAGCAUUGAUCAUGGCAAGUCUCAUUCCAGUCAGAGCAGCCAGCAGUCUCCAAAGCCGUCUGUCAUCAAAAGCAGAAGCCAUGGUAUCUUCCCUGACCCAUCCAAGGACAUGCAGGUUCCCACCAUUGAGAAAUCCCACAGUAGUCCCGGUAGCUCGAAAUCCUCCUCCGAAGGCCACCUGCGCUCUCACGGACCGUCGCGCAGUCAGAGCAAAACCAGCGUCACCCAGAGCCACCUGGAAGAUGCUGGGGCUGCCAUAGCCGCUGCCGAAGCCGCGGUGCAGCAGCUCCGCCUGCAACCAACAAAGCCUACCAAUCACCGGCCUGCAGAAAGCUCCGUGUCCACCGGCUCCUCGGGCAGCAGCUUUGGCAGUGGGUAUAGCGUGGACAGUGAAGGAAGCAGCAGCACCGCAGGGGAGACUAAUCUAUUUCCUAUUCCAAGGAUAGGAAAGAUGGGGCAGAAUGGGCAAGAGCCUGUAAAGCAGCCAGGAGUAGGAGUGGGACUAGCAGACACGGAGGUCAAAACUCAGGUAAUGGGAGAAAUCAAGAUUGCAUUGAAGAAGGAAAUGAAGACGGAUGGUGAACAACUAAUAGUUGAGAUUCUCCAGUGCAGAAAUAUCACCUAUAAAUUUAAAUCUCCGGAUCACUUACCAGAUUUAUAUGUAAAAAUAUAUGUGAUGAACAUCUCUACCCAAAAAAAGGUGAUCAAGAAAAAAACGAGAGUAUGCCGACAUGAUAGAGAGCCUUCGUUCAAUGAAACUUUUAGAUUCAGCCUCAGUCCUGCUGGCCAUUCUCUUCAGAUUUUACUUUUCUCUAAUGGAGGGAAGUUUAUGAAAAAGACCUUGAUUGGCGAAGCCUGUAUCUGGCUUGACAAAGUGGAUCUCAGAAAAAGAAUAGUCAACUGGCACAAACUUUUGGUCAGUCCUACUCAAACCCAUUGAAGAAAUGUGUCUGCUCAGGGUAUAGAAACUGCUCUAAAUAAUUUCAAAUCAAGACUAGAGUUGGAUACGAUUCUACAGUGUUUUUAGGGCUAAACGUGAGAGGAGGAGCCACAGGCAAACACAUACUUAAAGCUUUGUGAAUAUUUUGUUGUGGAACACAGAAAGAAAACUCAAAAAGUUCACAUAUUGGAGACCCCCCAAAAAGAGCUUUGAGUCCUUGGAUUGCUUCAAGAAAAAGAGAAAAGAGUGAGAGCUAUUUUGAUUACUUAAGGCACAAAUCUUUGAGCAGAGUUGAACUAUAGCUACGGGCAGCUGCUCGAAUAUUAAUAUGGUUCCUGAUGCAAGACAAAGUUCAUCAUUUAUGCAAAAGAAACCUGGAAGGGAAAGAACUGAUGUAACAAAUCUCAGUUUUCAGAAGUCUAAAGAUCUUGCUUCAUCUUAUUUUCUCAGAUGACUUACUGUUUUUAGAUUCUGACAUAGGAUACAGCUACAGUAUGCAUUCAAGACUAGAAGUGAGUUGGUUGUGUUCAGAGGGAAAGGGUACUGGAGAUGGAGAAAUUAUGGCUUUUAGAUUUUCUCUCUGUCUAAAUGUUAUAAGCGGGAACAAUACCAACAUUGGAAUUCAUGUUGUAAAAGCACAUUUGUAUUAUUCAAAAUGAUGUAGAGGGAAGAUAAUACUAAGUGGAAAUGGAAUUACAUUUAUCUAGAAAUAAGGCCAUGAUUGGCUCACACUGAAUGUUGCCCCACAGAAAUAUUGGAACCUUGGUUGAAGACAUCAAAAUCUCCUUAACUGACCAUUAAGCCAAUACAUUUUCAAUGUACAUACCAAAGAACAUAGAUUAAAAUGGUAUGUUCCAGGAAGCCUGAACAGUUUUUCUUUGUGGAAUUGCAAAUAAAUGUUAUUCCACAUAUUUCCUUUGAAAUUGAAAGAGAAAAUUCUUCCUCUGGCAAACAAAUCAUAUUAAUCUGUGACAUGGAUUAAUUAACUUGGCGUCAUUUCCUGCUCUUCCAUGAUGCUUUUUUUUGUCCUUAGCACACUGAUUGUACGAUGAAAACCCUAACACCAAACUCAAGUUCCUCCCAGUGCUCCAUUUUUCUCCAUUAGUGACUGUAUCGUGGUGAUCAAGUUCAUCAAUAUUGGGAAAAUAAGUGAAAGUCAACAUUUAUAUUGAGAUUAAAAUAUAACUUGAGCUAUUUUAUUAGUAUAGAAUAAAGGGACCAAUGUCCAGGUCAUUAAAAUACAGCAUCCUCUUCUACAUCAACCGUAGUAUAGACAAAGGAAGUAGAUUGGAGUUGUAGGAAAUGCACUCGGCUGGGAUGAAAAGCCUGGCUUCUGCCUUGGUCCUGCCACUGACUGUAUCCCCUUACACAUGUCACUUAAAGUCACUUUUUCCCAGUUUCUUAUUUGUAGGAUAAAAAUAAUUACCUAUUCCUGGCCUUCCUAAUGGGAUGUUGGGAUGAUCAAACCAAGUGAACUGUAAGGAAAAAAAGAAAGCACAUUUUCAAUAUAGUUUUAUACAUAAAGUGAGGAAUAAUUAUUAUGCAGCUCUUUAUUUCUUCAAAUUUCAUAUGCAAAAGCAUCCUCCACACCGAUGGUAAGCAUUGACUUGGAUAAAAGAAGUGUAUUCAGUCCAAAACUAUUGGUUUUUCUUUAAAAUAUAAAUUUGAACCUGAGAAAAGGUGAAAAAUUAAAUCAAAAUAAUUUGCAAAUUGGGUUAUUAUCAAUGAAAUGAAUUGUACCAAUCUUAUACUCUUCCCAUAUCCUACCUUAAAAGAAAUUGCUUCUCAGAGCAUUCUGAGUUUGAAAGCUGCUUCUUCAUUCAAAGGUGAGGUUUUAGUGGAUUUCGAGAAAUCAUCUCCAAAUACAUUGGAUAUGGAAUUUUCUCACUUUUAAAGAAAAACAUGCUUUAAAUUUGAAAGGAAUCGAUUAAAUGUAAAACACUGAAAAUAAAACAAUUUCUAAUAAGUUCCAGGCUAUAUAUCUUUAUUACAUUCCUAAAAACAUACAAAUUCACUCUUCCCCAAUCCGAGGGAGAAAACAGUCCCUUUUUCUCUCUCUUUUUAUUAUUAUUUUUUUUAACCUGUCCUCCCUGAUAAUGCAGUGUCAUUUACCACUGAUCCAGCUCUACAACAAGCAUGCAGGGAAGGGAUCGCUGAAGACUUGAUUCUGCUAGGAUUUUAUUUUUAGAGACAACUAGAUCUGCUGAUGGUUGCUAUGGAUAUUUCCAGCAGAAGUGAGCACUUUAGGGAGCUUGUAAUAUCACUCAUCAUUGGGGAAGGGAAGGAUUCGGGAAGAUCUCUUUAUGACAUAAAAAGUUCUGCUAUUCACCCUUCAAAGGAAACCCUGGCUCACCACAGACCCUCUUCUGCAGUCAUGCACAUCCAGAGGCAUGCAUGAGAGGUAUGAACAGUAGGUUUGACUUCAUUCUAGUUGCAUUUUCUUUUACAGUAACACAAAUGAGGUGCCACCAAAACACAGAUCAUCCCUUGGUAGCUAUUUGACCUGAAAGGGUAGGAGUCUCUUCAUUCUAGGUGCCCCUUUGUUCCGAGGAACCAGUGAUGGGGCCAGGUCAAUCACGAGAGCUAAUGACAGGGCUUCAUUUUUGUGCACCAGCAUCCCCUUUCAGAGAGCAUAAGAUCCUGCCACAGUGUGCCAAGUUUGCAGCUGACCAAAAUCCUAAGUUGUACGGGAAUUAUUCUAUGCAACACUGAUCCUCGAACAAAUGCAUUUCUUCUGGAUGAUGUUGAUGACCCUUCUUACAACAAAGCUGUUUCUUUUUUAAUUGCGAAUAGGGCUCUUGGUGUUUUUUACUUUUUUGUAUGUAUCACAGCACAUAAUUUUCCACUUUUUCAUUUCUUUUAUUUUUUUUUUGGAAUCAAUUUUUUUCUUAAUACUACCGGUGACAAAGUUUGUAAUCUCUAAAUAAUAUGUGAUCAGUCCAAUUCCAACACCUGUAUCUCAAAAAGCAUCUUAAUUUCUCCCCACGACUUCAUUGAGUCAUCAGAAACUGGAGUUGCUUCUUGGUUCAAAAUGCGGUCCUAAAGAAACUUCUGGCUGUAGAAGCAAAAGCACAGAGUGAAUUUUUACAAAAGACAGGGAUUUGUAGAAUGGUCAUUACAGACAUAGGUAAUGGUAUAAAUGAGAAGUUGGUGUUUCCCUCUGUUUUUACUUAAGGUUAAGAAGAUUUUUGGUGACUCUGAACUCUUUCUUUACCAUUUCUGUUGAAAAGAACAGUAUCCAAGACUAAGGAGCAGUGAUUGUCUUUGUUCCUUAAUGUGCCCCUAUUGUAACUAAUCAUACAAAUAAAUGCAUAUUUUCAGCAUAUCAGUGGAAUUAGUUUUGUGGAUCACACACAUUAAAAUAGUCAUAUUGUGGGACUAUUAUAGCUGGUAACCAGCUGAUAUUGAUACUUACUAGGAAUGGUUGUGACGGUAGUGUUGAUAGUGGUAGUGACAAUAGGUCGGUGGUCAUGUGAAGUAAAAUAAAAUUCUAAACUAUAUUGUGCCCAAUUUAUUAGAAAUUAAUUGAUUGAUGUUUCAUUUCAUUAAGAUAUCAUAAAGAUGUUUAUAGUAUUUUUUUACUUUAUUUAAAUCAUAACUAAUGAUAUUUUUAAAAGCUUAUUUUCAUUGCUAUAAUGUCUAAUAUUCCAAAAGCAGCCAACUACAGCUAUAUAUAUAUAUGUUUAUAACUCUCCACGUGACAGAGUGAGUUUCCGUCUUUUUGAGCUUGACAUGGAAGUGAAAGAAAGCUCGACGAAUCAUUAUGAGCUGUCUCUUUAAUAACUACUUGCCUUCGAUGUGAUACAAAAAUGAAUGAGUGAAACAGAUAUUCUCAUUGAAUAUGACACAUUGAUGUUUUCUGUAUGUGCCAUGUUGUUGUCAUGAUUAAAGGUACCCAUUAAGUCAAAAUCAUUUAAUCAAAUGAUUCCUUAUCUGAUCUGUAGAUCGAGAGCAUUUUCUUAAGUGGUUACCCUGUACAUAACUAUACAUUUGGUAAAAUAGACAAAGUUGAAAUAUUAAUUUCAUUUGGCAUUCAGCAUGUGAAUAUGAUUAUCGUUUGAUUGUGUCUGUAUAUUUGUUGGUGAUGUGCUCAGGUGCUCCCACUACUGAUUAAUGUGUGUGCUAAUAUCCUAACAAAAACACAUCUGAUAUUAAUGGGAAAAAAAAAAAACCUUGUCUGAAAAAAUAAAAAUCUAAUAAAAUUGAUUUCAAAAUAAAAAAUAAAGUACUUGGAAAUAUGUCUUGUUUCUAACUACAUGUUGCAUGCCAUGUUGGUGAUUUGCUAAUGUGUUCUUUUCUGUUCUACCCAAAUCUCUCUGGAAAAGCUAACAAACAAAUACAAACUCUUGGGUUAAAGGUUGUAGAAAUUGAAUUGAAAUACAUGAGAAUUGUAUUAAAAAUGCUUGUAAAUCUGUCUUGAGUUUUACUCUAUGUAAAAAUAUGUCUUGGUUUUGUGAUUGUAUACAAGAUGUAUCUUGAUAGCUUAUGCAGACUGUGCUGUAUAAAAAGGCUGUUGCCUCAGCCUUCCUAAUAAAUAUUGAAAAUGUCAA